ACUGUGCAGCCGCAAGACCCUCGUGUGUGCCAAACACUCGCUCUCCCCCUCCUCCUCCAGCAAUCGCUCUCGCUCCUCUCGAAACAGCUUGAUAUAUUUCGCCGAAAUCUCGCCCGACAAGUUAUAGCCAAGGCUUUGAAACCCGAAAUUUCGGAGAUUUAUAGUAUCAAAAUAUCGGUGGUGAGUCGACUUUACUCGCGAUGCCGAUGGCACCAGUGCCUGCCGCGCCGGCGGAUCGAGCUCCUCCGUUGAUGCCGGCUGUGGUUCCGAUGCAGACACCGGUGGUGAUGUCGGAUGCCUUCGCUAAGGACGCGAUCCUAGCCUGGUAUCGCGGGGAAUUCGCGGCGGCAAACGCGAUUAUCGACGUGCUAUGCGCACACCUGGCUCAGCUCAGUGAGUCGGGAUCGGAGUACGACGCUGUGUUCUCGGCGAUACACAGGAGGAGGAUGAACUGGAUCCAGGUGCUUCAGAUGCAGAAGUACCACUCAAUUGCUGAUGUGGCGCUUGAGCUGAAGCAGGUGUCUGGGAAGAAGAGUCCUGAUCAGAACCUGAAGAAAGUAGAGGUGUUUGAAAAUGAGAAAGAAAAAACUGCCGAGAAAGUGACGGAAAGCGAAGGAAAUGCUGGCGAAGAUGGUUCUGGAGAGGUUUAUAAUCAAGAGGAAGAUUCACCUGGGAGUGAAAUUACUGAUUCAGGAUCUCAUGAGGUGCAGUCCAGCACUGAACCUAUUGACAUAUGUUCCAACCAUGAAAGCUGUGAGGGGAGAGCUGCACAAAUCAAGUUGACAAAAGGUUUUACAGCUAAGGAGCAAGUGAAGGGACAUAAUGUGAAUGUUGUGAAAGGUCUUAAGUUGUAUGAGGAAAUAUUCACUGACUCAGAGCUGUCUAAAUUGACUGACUUUGUCAAUGAACUCCGGGCUGCUGGCCAGAAGGGAGAACUCUUAGGUGAGACGUUUAUCUUGUUUAACAAGGAGGUGAAGGGAAACAAGAGAGAGCUUAUUCAGCUUGGGGUUCCAAUAUUUGGACAUGUAAAAGAGGAAGCUGCAAGUAACAACCAGACUGGUUACAUAGAACCGAUUCCAGCUAUUCUCCGAAGUGUCAUCAAUCACCUGAUUCAGUGGCAAUUAAUACCUGAAUACAAAAGACCAAAUGGCUGCAUCAUCAACUUCUUUGAUGAGGGGGAAUAUUCACAACCUUUUCUGAAGCCGCCCCACUUGGACCAACCCUUAGCUACCCUGCUCCUAUCUGAAUCAACCAUGGCCUUUGGACAGAGAAUUGUGAGCGAUAAAGAUGGGAACUAUAGAGGGCCACUCAUGCUUUCACUCAAAGAAGGGUCUCUUUUAGUCAUGAGGGGAAAUAGUGCUGACAUGGCGAGGCAUGUCAUAUGCCCAUCUUCCAACAGAAGAGUCAGCCUCACAUUCUUCCGAAUUCGACCAGACUCCAACCAUGACCGUUCACCUCCUACUACUCCCAUGGCAGGUGCAAUGACUCUCUGGCAGCCUGGCCUCACAAGCCCUUAUGCAAUGCCAAAUGGAGUCUCCAUUGGCUAUGAAGCAAUGGACGCGAUGGGAAAAUGGGGAAUUGUUCGUGCCCCUGUGGUCAUGUUGGCUCCUGCACGCCCUAUGAUGUGUAGCCCUAAAAGAAUGCCUAAUGGAGGUACUGGGGUUUUCUUACCCUGGACUGUGGGAUCAAGAAAACCUGCAAAGCAUCUCCCUCCUCGUGCCCAAAGAGGUCGACUUCUUGCAUUGCCCUCUUCAGCUGAAACACAUAUGGCAGAAUCCACUUCUGAACCAGGCACCAGUGUUUUGAAGGAACAAUGAUGUUGAGUUAGCAUUAAAACUGCUCGAGGGACAAUGCGAUAUAUUUAUUGCCAAAGGUAUACUUCCCUGUUUACUUCUUGCUCAAGAGAGCUUUGUGUUCAAGCAAGUUGAAGUUUUUUUUCCUAGGUUCGUUCUUCUCAGUAGAAGUAGUGUUUCAUGCAUUCCCAUCUCCCCAAGGCUUCCGAGGGAGCUGAUCGCGCUGUUAAGUAUGAGGAUUGUGAAUUAUAGCUUUAAAAGAGGACGAAUUUCGUAUUAAUCAAUUUAUAUUAGUUGUCUUUUAGACAAGGAUAUUUAGUAUUUUGCUUGCAUUUCUUUGA